CGCGGAUGUCAGGUUGGAAUCGCCCGAACACACCAACAAUGGCGAAAGCCAACCCCCGAAUCCUCGCGCUCUUUGACGUCGACGGCACGCUCACGGCCGCUCGCAAGGUGGUGACGCCCGAAAUGACUUCUCGUAUUGCCCAGCUCAAGAAGAAGAUCACGGUCGGUGUCGUUGGCGGGUCCGACCUUGUCAAACAAAAGGAACAACUUGGCGAAGAUGUGAUCCACAAGUUCGACUACAGUUUUUCCGAAAACGGACUGGUUGGGUACCACAACGGCGAGUGCAUCAACAAGACGAGCCUAAAGGAGUUUAUUGGGAACGACAAGCUCAACAAGUUUAUCAACUUUACGUUGCUCUACAUCGCCAACUUGGACAUCCCGGUCAAGCGCGGGACGUUCAUUGAGUUCCGUCAAGGGAUGUUGAACGUGUCGCCGAUCGGGCGCAACUGUUCGCAAGAAGAGCGAGACGAUUUUGAAAAGUACGACCACAUUCACCAAGUGCGGUCGAAGAUGGUCAACGUCUUGCGCGCGCAAUUCCCAGACUACAAUUUCACCUACUCGAUCGGCGGCCAAAUCUCGUUCGAUGUGUUCCCGACUGGUUGGGACAAGACGUACUGCCUCAAGUUCUUGAGUUCAGCUGACUACGACGAAAUCCAUUUCUUCGGUGACAAGACCCAUGUGGGCGGCAACGACUACGAGAUUUUUGUUCACGACCGCACGAUUGGACAUGCCGUCAAAUCGCCCGAGGACACCAUGCGUCUCUUGGACGAACUGUUUCCUUAACUGCGUUUCCUCGACUGGUUAGGCGUUUAUUCGACAUCAAUGCACGAUUUUUUUUUGCCUCGUCCGACGUGACGACGACGUUGCGAAAAUUCC